AUGCAGGCUGCUUCUAAAAACAUUUGUGAAAGACUGUGCAAUAAGUUCAUCCGUGAAAUUUCCUUGCUACUAAAUAUUCCACUGUCAACUGUUCAUGGUAUUACAACAAAGUGGAAUCAACUGAGAACUACAGCAACUCAGCCACGAAGUGGGAGGCCAAGUAAAAUGACAGAGCGGGGUCAGUGCAUGCUGAAGCACACAGUGCGCAGAAGUCGCCAACGGUCUGCAGAGUCAAUAGCUAAAGAUCUCCAAACUUCGUGUGGCCUUCAGAUUAGCACAACAACAGUGCAUAAGGAACUUCAUGUAAUGGGUUCCCAUGGCUGAGCAGCUGCAUCCAAGCCUCAGAUCACUAAGUGCAAUGCAAAGCAGUGGUGUAAAGCACACCACCACUGGACUCUAG